AUCUACCUAAUAUCAAGUGUCGCCCUAACGAAAAAAAAAUGUGUCACCCUGGUGACCUACGAUGAUAUGAUAUAAAGCUUUCGGUUUCUUUGCCACUUCGCUGCUUCUCUCUUCACUCAUUUGUCUCACUAACCGUAGCAGCAUUGUUUUGGAGCCAUGGUGGCAGGUGGUGGCAAUUCCGAUAUCUCAUUUGCUGGUAUUUUCGCCAGCAGUGCUUUCUCUGCAUGUCUCGCCGAGGUAUGUACUAUUCCUCUGGACACCGCCAAAGUUAGGCUUCAGCUUCAAAAACAAGCUCUAACUGGUGAUGGAGUGGCUUUACCUAAAUAUAAGGGCAUGUUGGGAACAGUUGCAACCAUUGCCAGGGAAGAAGGUCUUGCAUCACUCUGGAAGGGAAUUGUGCCAGGGCUUCAUCGUCAGUGCGUGUAUGGAGGCUUAAGAGUUGGGUUAUAUGAGCCUGUUAAGACUUUGUAUGUCGGGCGUGACCAUGUUGGAGAUGUUCCAUUGUCAAAGAAAAUUCUUGCUGCACUUACAACUGGUGCCGUGGCAAUAGCAGUGGCAAAUCCAACUGAUCUUGUGAAAGUUAGGCUUCAAGCUGAAGGAAAAUUACCUCCUGGUGUGCCCAGGCGCUACUCUGGAUCAUUAAAUGCUUAUUCAACAAUUGUGAAACAGGAAGGAGUUACAGCUCUUUGGACUGGGAUAGGCCCCAAUAUCGCAAGAAAUGCUAUCAUCAAUGCUGCUGAACUAGCCAGCUAUGAUCAAGUGAAACAGACUAUUUUGAAAAUUCCAGGGUUCACUGAUAAUAUCGUAACACAUCUACUUGCUGGUCUUGGGGCAGGUUUUUUUGCAGUCUGUAUUGGCUCCCCAGUGGAUGUGGUUAAGUCAAGAAUGAUGGGAGAUUCUAGUUACAAAAGCACACUUGACUGUUUCGUCAAAACAUUGAAAAAUGAUGGACCUUCUGCCUUUUAUAAAGGGUUCAUACCAAAUUUUGGACGGCUAGGAUCUUGGAAUGUGAUCAUGUUUUUAACUCUAGAACAGACCAAGAAGUUUGUCAAAAGUUUAGAAUCAGCCUGAGCUCACCAUCACCAAUGGAAUUUCAUGAGGAGAAUGCAUUCAACCAGAGUUGCAACCAAAAGCAUGAACAAAAUAAAUUCCUCUUUUUCAUUUUCUCAUUUGGAAUGUAUCAACAUUUUUUAGGACAAAAUGAAGGAUUAAUAAUGAAAACAAAGCAUACUAAAAACUUCUAGUUUCUAAGGUUCAAACUAUUGAAUGUUUUCUCUUUGAAUUUAAUUAAGAAAUACUUAUGGCAUAA